CUUGGGUUUACUUGUUUUGAUAAACCAAGUGCCUUGGUCCGGGCGGUCCUUCCCGUGCGAGAAACGUUCUUUUAUUCUUUUUUUCUAGUUUCUCACACGCUGGAGCCGCUCAAUACUAACAUUGUUCUUUGUCUUUUUUCAGCACCCAACCCAGAUCUUCCCAAUGGAUUAUAGCAGAGUCAUCGCAGCCGGUGGGGGCGGAAAGCGGAAAAAAUCCCGGAAGAACCCCCAACCUACUCCCACCAUUGUUCCCGCUCAGGAGGCUGCCCCUUCCCAACCGCUCCCAGAACCUCAGCCAAUUCAGCAGGUCCACCAAGAUCAACUAGAGGCCAUGCUGCUCGAUGAUCGGUUCGGUUCUGACCAAUUGCACCAAUUUUCCCAGCAUUUUGACUCCGUUCGGGGGGAAUCCUCGAAUGCUGGUGAGACCCAUACCGACCACAUUACGGGUCAGGUCGAGCGGAUCUCCCUAUCCGACCCUGUUCAUGAGGUUUUAGAGAGGGCCGGGUCUACAGCGAGCCAGAUCUGGUCUACCUCCUCCUGGUUCAACAACUUUUCCCUUCCUCAGUUGCCGGUCGAGCAAUCUGAAGAAUGUCUGGCUCUGACUGCUCUGAAGAUGGGCUUGUACACCCUUCAGAUGCGGGAGGCCCGCCUGGCCAAAGAGCGGGAACUGAUUGUUGCCCAGUCUUCUGCUGAGCAACAUGCUGCUGCUGCCAUCGCCUCUCUGGAGGCCGAACGGAAAACCUUUGCGGAGGAAAAGCAGAGGCUGGA